AUGUGGCUGGGCCAGUCCGGUGGCCGAUGGAAACGAGAGGACACCUCGAGGACCUCCCCAGACUGAAGUCGACCGGCUCCAGGCCCUCCGUACCACCGCUGAACCUCGCGGCCGCGAAAUGUGCGGCCGGCAGUGAGGGCACGCCGACGACACAGAGACUGAAGACACAGUCCUCGUCACGGCUGUCGCGAAGGCUCAAGAUGGAGGCCCAGGCCCAGCGAACUCCGCUGCCGAGCCGCCUUGCUGCGAGCUUCUUCUUCGGAGCCCUGGCUCGAGUCGUUGCAGUGGGGGGAAGAGACAUUGAAAGGGUGCCGGCUGCAGGCAAUCCCAACGACGUCUUCACUGAACAGCUGGAGUCACAGACUCAACGGUCGAUGCCUUUGGCCGGGCAGUGUGAUCCGCAGAUUAGCCGAGAGCUGCGAGGCCGAGCGCCAGCGCCUUGGCCGCUCUACGCGGUACAGACCGGCGAUGAUCUCGCGAAGAACCUUGGGGAAUCCUGCUUACUGGCAGACCUCGGUCCGCUUUUACGAAUGAAGCAGGAGAAGGCUGUCCAGGAUGCCGUUGCCGCUCGAAGCGGCAGUAGCAAUGCCAGCAUUGCGAGUGGGUCGGAUGCGCAGCAGACGAGCACUGCUUAUGCGAAUCGAAUCGGUUCGCAGGAGAGCUUGCCGUCACUGUGCACUCCCACACCUCGUGACUCACAGGUCACGUCCAGGCGGCAGAUGCCGUAUCGGUGCAUCCGACUGAACAUCUGCCUCGUGCUGGAGCGCAUCUGCAACAGCAUUCCUCCUGGGGGCGCCGCCAUGUUCGAGGUCCCUGUCAGCCAGAUCUACGAAAUGUUGCACGCAUCUUGUUCCAGAGCAGGAGCGUGUUCCUUCGACCUGGGCAAAGGCAACGAAAGCAGUAAGGCGGAAGAGGUAACUUGGCCUCAGACGUCGCGGCUUCUCGGUUGCCUGGCGCCACGCCGGGCGUCGGCGCUGCGGCGGCUGGCGCAACGUCUCUGGCGCUGUUCCGGCAUUCAGCGCUGUGUUUGCGGAGCGGACAGCGGCCGUGCAGACGACCCUUGCAGUCCUUGCACUUGCUUGGAUGAUGCCACCGCUGCCUGCUUGUGGCGGCUGCUAGCAGAGCAUGCGCGGCAGGUGGAGUUGGCAUUGGCCCAAAGUUCCAACCACGUGCCUUGCCCUCACUUUCACGGAAAGCCGGAUGCCACGGCCGAAGCUGAAGCCACAGACAGAGAAGGCGCCUCUUGCGACGCACAGGAGUUGGACGCACAGGACUACCACUGCUCUGCGCAGAAAUUCCUGCAGAGGUUGCGUUUGGACAGCUUCCUAUCCUUCCUUGCGUCCUCGCUCCGACAGCUGCUUUGGAAGCUGAAGGCCAGUCUGAAAGCCGGCACUGCUGGCCCCGAGGUGACGAGGAACUUUCAACUUCAGUUGGCGCGGUCCUUGCAAUUGGCUGCACAGUACUUGCGCAGCAUGCCGGGCAGGCUGCUGCCGCACCUGGCGGCCCAGGUCCUCGCAGCGCCGCUGGUGGCGCUCAAGGGCCAUUUGGCGUCUUCGGCCUGGGGACCAUUGGCUGCAGCACCACGAGGAGAUGGCCAGAGCUCCUGUGCCUUGCGCCUCUGGGCUUCUUACUUGGAGCUCGUAGGAGUCCUGCUCCAGGGGGCUGUGCGCUCAGGUGGCGUUGGCUGCCAGCUGGGCCACCUGCUUAUGGUGAUGUUGCUCGACUUCCCGUGCCCGCUAGGGCAGCGGGCGUCCAUGCUGAGUCUCCCCUCGGCUCGAGCGUUCAAGAUGCCAAGCUCACGCUCGCAAGCAGAAUCCUCUGCCGAGGCGCCAAGCCGGCCCUCGAGUGGACUCUUCACUCUUUGCUCCGGGCCGGUGAACCAGCCCGGGCCGGUACGAGCAGCCGGCACGAAAACCGCGCCUAAGGUCUCGAGUUUUUGGGACAGCCUCCCCAAAAUCGCAGCAGCCCCGAAUGCUUCUGCCGGGCACCCAGAAGACAAGCUCCGCGGCCAAGGUGGAGAGGCUCCUCCAAGAGAAAGCCGAACCCUUGAGCCGGGGACGCAGCACGGUGUGGGCAAUGAUACAGCAUAA